AUGGCGCUGGUGCCGGUGAAGCGGCGCCGGCGGGCGGCAGCGGGCCCGGUGCUCCCGGAGGCGGCGGCGGGGCCAGGCCGCUUCCCUGGCGUGGUGCUCUGCCUGGUGGAGCGGGGGCUCGGGGCCCGCCGGUGGGCGCUGCUGGCCGAGCGGGCGCGGGCCGCCGGCUUCUGCCUUCACAGCGCGGGCAGCGCGGCGGUGACGCACGUGGUGGCGGAGCAGUGCUCGGCUGAAGAGGCGCUGGCUUGGCUCGCCCGGCGGCGGGGCAGCGCGACGGGCAGCGUGCCCAGUGCCCAAACCGAGCCCGGUACCAGCACGGCCCUGCUCGACCUCAGCUGGCUCCUGGAGAGCCUGGACGCCGGGCGGCCGCUCGACGUCGAGCCGCGGCACCGGCUCCCGGUGACAUCGAGCGAGACGCCCAGCCCUGCGGUGCCGGCCUACGGGUGCCAACGGCGGACCCCGCUCGUCCACCCCAACGGCGUGCUGACGGAUGCCCUGGAGACGCUGGCACAGGACGCGGCGUUCGGCGGUGAUGAGAGACGCAGCCUGGCCUUCACCCGGGCCGCCUCCGUGCUCAAGGCUCUGCCCCAGCGCCUCGGCAGCAUCCGGGAGCUGGCGGCGCUGCCCGGCAUUGGGGAGCACUGCCGGAAGGUCAUCCAGGAGGUGCUGGAGGAUGGGAGCUCGGCGGAGGUGGAGGCCGUGCGCCGGUCGGAGUGGUACCGCACCAUGCAGCUCUUCACGGGUAUCUUCGGCGUGGGUACGCAGACGGCCACGUGCUGGUACCGGGAAGGGCUGCGGACGCUGGCAGACCUGCGAGCUGCUGGCCCCCGGCUCAGCCGGCAGCAGCAGGCAGGGCUGCGGUACUGGGAGGACCUGGCCACACCGGUGACGCUGGCCGAAGCGGAGGCCAUCGGGGAGCUGGUGCGGGCCGAGGCCUGGCGCAUCCUGCCUGGCACCACCAUGACGCUAGUCGGCGGCUUCCGGCGGGGGAAGCCAACGGGGCACGACGUGGAUCUGCUCCUGAGCCACCCCGAGGAGGGCAAAGAGCGGGCGCUGCUGGGGCCCCUCGUCACCCGGCUGGAGCAGCAGGGGCUCCUCCUUUACCAGCAGAGCCAGCCCAACACCUUCGGGCUGGAGCCAAGCAGCAGCACCAUGGACCGCUUCGAGCACUGCUUUGCCAUCAUGUGCCUGGCACUGCCCGGCGCGGGAGGCCCCGGCACCGGGCGGGCGGUGCGCGUGGACCUGGUGGUGGUGCCGCGCGGCCAAUUCGCCUUCGCCCUGCUCGGCUGGACGGGCUCGCGGCACUUCGAGCGCGAGCUGCGCCGUUUCGCCGGACGCCAGUGCGGGCUGGCGCUCAGCAACCACGGCCUCUACGACCCGCAGCGGGAGAUGUUCCUGCCGGCCACCUCGGAGGAGGAGAUCUUCCAGCUCCUGGGGCUGGACUACGUCCCCCCGGCCGAGAGAAACGCCUGAUGUCCUUCCCCCCACCCCACCCCCAAAUAAA